AGAGAAAGAAAGAGAGAGGAGAGACGGGGUGUUGCCCCUCUGAGACACACUCACGCAUCGCAGAGUUAAACAGCGGCAGGGCGAGGACACAGCAUCCCUCCAUCCCUUGUCUCCCUGAGAUAGCAAAGCAGAUUAUUUUUUAUUGGUAUCGUUAUUAUUUUUAAUCACUGGAGCGGUAAAGGAGCCUUUAUAUCGUUCGACUUAAUCGAGAUAUCGCGGUAAGAUCGUGCGUAUCGGCAUCGGGAGACUUGGCCAAAGACACCUCGACGUUGAAGCAGAGGGACCGUUUCAGCACCUUGGACAGCGACCAUGGCUCCAAUGGUGGAGGAGGGAGCUCAGCUCGUGGCAGUGCCGGUAGGUGUUGCCGUGGUGAGCGUCUUCGGGCUUGCCUUCACCGUGUCGGCCUUUGCGUGGAUCUGCUGCCAGCGCAAAAACACCAAAUCCCAGAAGACGCCCCCCUAUAAGUUCGUGCACAUGCUCAAAGGGGUCGACAUUUACCCCGAGAGCCUCAGCGGGAAGAAGAAGUUCGCCGCGCCUGCCGCCGCGUCGCCCAGCGACGCCGGGAAAACCGACGUCAACGGAAACUGCCACACCGCAGCCACGAUGAGUCCGCCCGGGUCCAGUCCGAACGGCUCCAGGCCGGCUCUGCACCUGGACCUGGAGAAGCGGGACCUGAAUGGCAACUUCACCACCAAACCGUUCCAUCACCACCAUCAGAAGGUGCGAAGCUCUCCGGACCUGGAGCUGCCCUCUCCCCACGCAGGGUUCACCCAGCCUGGUGUCAUGGACCGCCGCGACCUCCCCUCGCCGUCCAGCACCCUCUCCAGCCAGGCGCCUACUCCCGCUGUGGACAGGCCCCAGGGAGAGGAGAAGGAAGGUGGGCUAGGGACCCUCCACUUCGCCCUCGAGUACCAGCCAGAGAAGAAGGCCUUUAUUGUCCACAUCAAGGAAGCCCAUGGUCUGAGUCCAACCGAUGAGCAGUCGCUGACCUCUGACCCCUACAUCAAGCUGACGCUGUUGCCAGAGAAAAAGCAUCGCGUGAAGACCAGGGUCUUACGUAAGACUCUGGACCCCGCCUUCGACGAGACCUUCAGCUUCUACGGGAUCCCGCUGGCCCGAGUGUCGGAGCUGGCUCUCCACUUCAUGGUGCUGAGCUUCGACAGGUUCUCCCGCGACGAGGUCAUCGGGGAGACUCUCGUGCCGCUGUCCGGGAUCGACCUGUCCGAGGGGCGUGUCCUAAUGAGCCGAGAGAUCAUCAAGAGGAAUGUCAAGAAGUCCUCGGGCCGGGGUGAGUUACUGCUCUCCCUGUGUUACCAGUCCACCACCAACACCCUGACCGUGGUCGUUCUCAAAGCUCGACACCUGCCCAAGACCGAAAACAACGGACCUGCAGAUCCGUACGUCAAGGUGAACAUGUAUCACGGAAAGAAGCGGGUGUGCAAGAAGAAGACCCACGUGAAGAAGUGCUCCCCGAACCCGGUCUUUAAUGAGCUCUUUGUCUUUGACCUGCCCUCCGAAGAGGGCCUGAGGGACACCAGCGUGGAGCUGCUGCUGAUGGACUCAGACACAAGCAACUCGCGCUGCCCCAACCCCGUUAUCGGGCGCCUGGUGCUGGGCACGUCGUCGGCGGGCACGCCCGGCGAGCACUGGAGGGAGAUCUGCGACCACCCGCGCCGCCAGAUCGCCAAGUGGCACGUCAUGUCGGAGGAUUAGAAAAGGCCCGGUGGAUUCUGUCGCCCGUGUCCGACCUGGUCCUGCCACGAGAGGCGUGGGAUGAGGAUGGGCGGAGUCCGGUGUCCCGUUUGCCCAUUGGACUUUGGGGUGGGGUGAGGGAGGGGAAAGCGGGGAGGGGACUUUGAUGUUGUGGGAAGGAUCAUUUCAAGUGAUGUCAUCAUUCAGCCAAUCAUUCACUCACUUAUCUUUGAAGCUACUGGGGUUCGGCGUGAGGGGGUUCGGGGGGAGGGGGGGACUGGUUCGCGACAAAGGGAACCCCACAGCUUUAAACGAUCCCAAAGACUGUCACUGAAAAUCACCUGGUAUCAUGCAACGUCGUCUCCAUGGCAGCAGCCAGUUGUCACUGUAAUCGUGCGCAGUGCAGAAUGUCUUAAAUGUCGCUAUUACUCUUCUUCUUCUUCUUCUUCUUUUCUUCCUCUGCUCGUCCUUCUUCUCUUUCUUCAGCUCUUCCUCCUAUAAAUAGUAACUUAUAGUCCAUCGUACGAAAACCAGAAUGAACCACAUCUGACAAUGCUGUAAAAAAAAAAGAAAAAAAGAAAAGAAAAGUGGAUUAUUAAAGUUUAUUUUAUAAUGACAA